GGCGUGUUGCAAUUUUUGAAUUCAAAAUACUAGUUGGAUACAAUGGCUGCUUUCGAGGUGUCAACUUUUAUUUUAGCCGUCCUUAUAAGUGUUGCUUUGAUAUUCUUCGCUGUGUGGAAUAUUAUUUCAUUUGAUGAUUUGAAAACGGAUUAUAAAAAUCCUGUCGACCUUUGCAACAGUUUAAAUCCUUUAGUACUGCCAGAAUAUGGCCUCCACUUAUUUAUAUGUCUGUUCUUCCUUGUUGGAUUUUUUUGGACAUCAUUGAUUUGGAACAUGCCACUAAUUGCAUAUCAUGUUCACAGAUAUAUGAACCGACCAGUUAUGAGCAGACCUGGUUUAUAUGAUCCUACUAUCAUUAUGAAUGGCAGUGAAAUGUCUCGUUGUCAAAAAGAAGGAUGGGUCAAACUUGCUUACUAUCUUCUUAGCUUUUUCUUUUAUCUGUAUAGGAUGAUGAGUGCGAUUCUCGCGUAGCCAAUGUUUUGUUGAACUCUUUUUUUGUGCAAAGGCAAAGAAUGACAAAGACAGAUUUCCAAGAGUUUUGUACAUUUCAUCGAUCGAACUACAGUCAUUUAAAGCACUUUAAACUGAAAAUAAGGUUAGACAUUUAGUUUACUAUAAAUACAAAAACAGUUAUGACUUAUGUAGUAGUGCUGCACUGUUUAGAAUCCGUUCAAAACAAAAACGUUCAAUCUUUAUCUAACUUUUUUGGCACUAAUUUUCCCCCAUGUUUACCCCCACCAUGU